GUCUUCAGUUUUUAAAAGCUCUCUGAAAGUGACCUAAUAUCCAGAAUCUUCUCUAAUUAUGAAUGAGUAAAUGUUGAUGUUUUGUUAAGCAUGUCGAGGUCUUAUGCUUUGAACAGAGCUAGAAUGCCAAAGGCAAGAAUCCCAGCACUCUGCCCAUCCUCCUGUGAGACCCUGGUAAUUGUCUAACAAAUCUGUCUUGUGUUCCCUGGGCUGGAGCGUCUGCUGAGAAAAGUUCCAGAACCCCAAGAUGCCUUGGGGUUCGUCUGCUUCCAGCAGCAGCCAGCGGUGUCUUGGUGUUUUUCCUGGCCAUGUCUUGAAGCCUUUCUGCUGCGCUCCGUUCUGAUGUGUGGCCUUCACAUUCUGCUGCGCUCUGUUCUGAUGUGUGGCCUUCACAACCGUCUAGCCGAAGGAUGACCUUGCUCUUUGGGAGGUACGACCGUGAAGGAGGCAGCCGGGUAUAUACGAGUCUAUGGGAAGAGAGGAACACUGAGCAUGUCUCUGCCAAACCAGUCCAUAGAAGGCCUUCCCCAGGAGGCCUUCAACAGAUCCCUGAAUGCUACAGGGACUUGGGACCCACAGGUCAUACAGGCGCUCAGAAUCUCCCUUGUGGUGGUCCUGUCUGCCAUCACGCUGGCCACUGUCCUCUCCAAUGCCUUUGUUCUUACCACCAUCUUACUCACCAAGAAGCUCCACACCCCGGCCAAUUAUCUCAUUGGCUCCUUGGCCACCACCGACCUCUUGGUUUCUAUCUUGGUCAUGCCCAUCAGCAUAGCCUACACCACCACCCGCACCUGGAACUUCGGCCAAAUCCUGUGUGACAUCUGGGUGUCUUCUGACAUCACAUGCUGCACGGCCUCCAUCCUGCAUCUCUGUGUCAUCGCUCUGGACAGGUACUGGGCCAUCACCGACGCCCUGGAGUACAGCAAACGCCGGACAGCAGGCCAUGCAGCAGCCAUGAUCGCGGCGGUCUGGGCCAUCUCCAUCUGCAUCUCCAUACCCCCGCUCUUCUGGCGGCAGGCCACAGCGCAGGAGAUGUCUGACUGCCUGGUGAACACGUCUCAGAUCUCCUACACCAUCUACUCCACCUGCGGGGCCUUCUACAUCCCAUCUGUCCUGCUCAUCAUCCUGUAUGGCCGCAUAUACGUGGCCGCCAGGAGCCGCAUCCUGAACCCGCCCUCCCUCUACGGGAAGCGCUUCACCACGGCACAGCUCAUCACGGGCUCUGCAGGUUCUUCUCUCUGUUCGCUCAACCCCAGCCUCCACCACGAGAGCCACUCACAUACUGCCGGCUCCCCUAUCUUUUUCAACCAGGUGAAAAUCAAGCUUGCAGACAGCAUCCUGGAACGCAAGAGGAUCUCGGCGGCUCGGGAAAGGAAAGCCACUAAGACCUUGGGCAUCAUUCUGGGGGCCUUUAUCGUCUGCUGGUUGCCUUUCUUCGUGGUGUCCCUGGUCCUCCCCAUCUGCAGGGACUCCUGUUGGAUCCACCCGGCCCUCUUUGACUUCUUCACUUGGCUAGGUUAUUUAAACUCCCUCAUCAAUCCUGUCAUCUACACUGUGUUCAAUGAAGAUUUUCGACAAGCAUUUCAAAGAGUUGUCCAUUUCCGGAAGGCCCCCUAGUUGGAUGUGGGGGUGACGUUUGUUGAUCUGUUAUGUCCUGUAACCCGACUAAGGUUGCCUUUUAAAAUUAUUGUUGUUUGUCUGAGACUUGGGUUGAUGUGUGCUGUCUUGGGGUCUUGGAUUAAUCAAUAGACUUGUUCUGUAUUCAACUGCCAGCAUCUUCUAGACUUCUGAGUCAUCUAAAGCUAGGCCAUCGUGUGAAAGGGGACAGGACUGAAGAUGUCCCUUAACAUAACAUUCUCAUGAUUCUCUGGAUUGGAAGAAAUAUAAGCUACAGGACUGAGGUGAGGAACUGUCUUAUUCUCUAGCAGGCUCAGAAGGAAGGCCUUCUGGUCUACCUGGGAUUUUUAUAUGGGGCUGUGGAGAGUGGGUGAGAUUAAUGACUUGAAUUAGAGAGAAUUUGGAGUCAGAAUGGUGGGGUCACCAUCUCCUAUAGCUCCUUGAUUGGAAAAUAACACCAAAUUACUUCCACUGAGUUCUGGUUGUCCAUAAGGAAAGUGGUACCAGUGACACAGAAUGACAUGGAAAGAAAUUCAGAAGGUGGCACCAGGGGAGAGGGACCAGAUCAACCUUCCUUCUCUCUCUAUCAUGUACUGUUUGGAAGUUAAAGCCCAUCAUCAUGCCACUCAAAAAGACUGACAAGUAAUGGACCCACCAACCUUAAUGGGUCACCCCGUUCU